UGUUUUUCCUCCCAGUAAUGGAAGCCCACCGGAGCGUCUUCAGCGCGUCUCUUCUGCGGCGUGUCUUUCGGGGUCUGCCCGGGGCUGCAGUGUCAGUCAUGCCGUUCUGCAGCUCUGCUCUCCGUGUCCUGAUCUUCCUGACCGUUAUGUUCAUUCCUGAUGACCAGCCCGGUCAGAGAGCCGCUGUGCCAGUGUGGCUGCCUGUCCUCUUGCUCACUGUGUUUGGGGUAUUAUCGAUGGUGAUUGGGUGGAUGUGGAGAAAAAAGCAGCAGCUCCAGAAGAGAAGUGGAGGCAACAGAAUGAGGAACCAUAAUGGAGAAAAGACAAUGAAGAAAAGAAGGAGCCUGUCAGUCAUGCCGUCCCGCAGCUCUGCCCUCCGUGUCCUGAUCUUCCUGACCGUUACGUUCAUUCCUGUGUCUGAAUCAGCAAAUCCCUCAGUGAGGGUGAAGUUUAAUGAGACGGCCACUCUGCCCUGCUCUGAGAGAUGCUCUGGUUUGGUCAGAUGGACUGAGUUCAGUAAAUCCACUGAUGUUCUGGCUGAGUGUGAUCAGACUUCAUGUAGAUCAGUGAAGGAGGGAUAUCAGAUGAUCCAUGAUCAGUACCUGAAGGGGAAUCUCUCUCUCAUCAUCACUGCAGUUGAUUUCACUAAGAGAGGCUUGUACACCUGUGACUGUGAUGAUAAAGAUCUCUGUGAUGUGACUCUGAAGAUUGAGCCCUUGAACACCAAGAUUCAGAAAAAACCCGGAGAAUCCCUGUUUCUGGAUCUGGACAUUCCAGAGGAAGUGGAGAUGAUUUAUAACCGUACAGUUGCAGCUGGACCAUCCAGUGGUCAGAUCUGUAGAGUGGUUGGACGAUCACUGCAGUGUAAACCUGACUAUAAACAGAGAACAUCACUCGCAUCUACGUUUGUGCUGAGAGGAGCGACUCCUUCUGACAGUGGAGUUUAUACCAUCAUGGACAAAAGGAAUGAAGAGGCCGUCCACAGCUACACAGUGAUAGUCGAAGGUGGUGAAGGUUCUGAAGCUCAGGAUCAGGUCCAGAUCCAUAAGUCCUCUCGAAGCCGCCGCAGUGCUCCAUCUGAUGAUCAGCCGUGCAGAGAUCAGGGAGCUGCUCUGCCUGGAUGGGUGGUUCCAGUGCUGGCUGUGCUGCUCACUGCAUCAGUGGGGAUAAACUUUUGGCAGAGGAGAGAAAAUCAGCAGCUCCGGAAGAAACCUGAAGGGAGUGGAGUUGUUAAAGAAGACCAGAAUGGAGCUGAUAUGAAUGGUCUGGGUAAACCUGGUGCAGAAGAACAGCACAGACUAGCACCACCCAGUAAUGACCUUGAAGCAGUCUGAGGUCAUUCUGAGCCUCUUCCUUAUUUUCUUGCUCUCUCUCUUGCUUUUCCAUUCCUGGACAUGUGUGUGAGAGGGGUUGUUUCCAUCAGUGUGGAGAGUCCAGGUCUGUCUGCUGUUCAUCUGCAGAGCUUUAAGCUUCCACUGACAUCUCUUAGCUGAAGUUUCUGUAUUGACGCUCUUCACUGUCAAACUCUGUAAAGCCCCUUUGGUCCAGAGAUGGUGCUCCAGAUCAGAGACUUUUCCUCUAACCUAAAGAGCUUUUUGACUCUGAUCUUGAUCGAGAAGCUGCCUGUGUGUUUGUGAGACUCUGACCUCAGAGACCAUUUACUCUCCUUCACUCUGUGCUGGACUGUUACUGGUCUCUGGUGAAUUUAGCCAAAGGAACACUUGUUCUGUAUCCUCUGUUUCUGCUUCAGUAAGGUUGUAGAUGUCAGUCUGACCAGGAGUUUAAUGUGGAGAAAACCUGAACCGUUUCAUUCUGAGACAUUUCUGCAGUGCAGCUGAGUGGGAAGCUUGUUUAAUCACGUUUGUGAAGUUGUUUCUUUUCAUGUUAGAGCCACAUGGGGGUCCUGAGACCCUCAGAGAAGCUCCAUCUCAGGCCCUGAUUAGUACCUCACAAUCGAGGAGAAAAGUGAGGGAAGUGUGGAAUAGAUGGAGGUGACUGUUGUCAGGGAAACUGGAGUGCAGUCUGAAGGUCAGUGCUUGGCUAGUGCCUGGAUAGCCUGGCCAGCUGUAUGUAAUGUAGUGUAAUUGACCAACUUUUGGUCUCACAUUAAACACAAAAUAGCAAAGUUCUUUAGCCAUUUGAAACCAUCAGUGUUGAGUGGAGAAAUACUGACUGUUCUUUCUGUAAAAGACUGAAAAUAAAAAAAAAACAACUUAAUUUUAUUUUUUAAAGACAUCAAAGGAAAAGUUUUCACAUAUUAAGUUACUGUUUCUGUUUGUUUAGUGAUUUGUUUUUAAGAUCAUUAAAAGCUUCUGUUUUUUUAAUACCCAGGAGUUUAUAUGAAACUUGGAUGUGAUUCAUAUAAAAAUUGUAAUCUGUUAGCUUCUAAAAUGAGCUGUGUACUAAUCGUGCCCUGGUCAGAUUUGGUCAGCGUGGUUACUGUGUUUAUCUAGUGCUACAGGGCAGAAACAAGCCUAAGAACGCUGUGAUUAUUAGGUGUGUAAUGAUGCACUUCUUGUGCCUUACGUAGUGGGAUUUCUCCAGAUUCCCUGAAUCUUCUGAUAUUUUGUACUGUAGAUGGUGGGAUUUCCAGGGUCUUUGCAGUUUUUCAUUGAGGAACAUUUUUCUCAGGUUGUUGAACCUUUUGUCCACCUUUGCUUCUGAGAGACUCUGCCUCUCUGAAAUGCUCUUUUAAUACUCAGUCAUGUGAGUUAGUUACAAAUCGCUUCUCCAGCUGUUUUUUAUUGGUACCACUUACUUUUCCAGCCUUUUGUUGUCCCUGUCCCGACCUUUUUGAGAUGUGCUGCUGCCAUCAAGAUCUAAAUGAGUUAAAUUGAGGAAAUGGUCAAAUGUCUCACUCUCAGCAUCUGAUAUGUGUUCUGUGUUCUAGUGUGAAUGAAUUGGGGGCCACGGUUUUGAUGCACCGUCACGCUUGGGUGUGAAUUUAAAAAAGGAAAAUGAUCAUACACUUUGAUUUUGGAAUGAAAGUCAAUUAUUCUUAAGAUUUUAAUCAUUAAAGUAAAUGUGUGUUUAUUUUGAUAGUGAUUAAUAUUGGGUGCUUCAGGUUCUUCCUGCCGCUCAUGUUCACCAUGAGCUAAUGCUCUCUGAUUACAUGCUGCUUUGCUUUAUCGCUGCCAGUUGUGUUCUUGUGUUCCACAUGUGUAAAUGUGAUUCCCAUUAGAUCAAGGAAUUGUAUUAUUAUAAGUUCAUCAUUUUUGAUCCAGAUUUCAUAUUCAGAAAUAUGUAUUUUAGUCUGAUGAUGAAACACCUGAGCGGGGAAAUUGCUCUACAGCUUGCUCAGGGCUGUGACAGGGCUCUGUUACCUGGUACCAGAGUUUUCUGUCUAUGAAAUCCAAAUGCUUCCACUGAAGUGUCUUCUCUGUGAGUGGUGGUCCUCAGUGUGGACACAGCUUGGUCCAGGGACACAGGAAGGUUUCAGGAUUGUUUACCUGCAGCUACUAGAAGCUCAGACGCUCAGUUCUGCCUGAUAUGGCUGUAAAACUGAUUUUCAGCCAGUGUAAUUAUUUUCCCCUCCCACCAAUCAAAUCACUGUAAGGAUCUCCUGCUGGAUGUGCAGAGGCACCAGGCUGGGCAUUAUUAGCCGCGGCGUCGGUCAUAUUUACAUGUUUUCUCUCUCCGUCCUCAGGUUAGCAUGUGAUGUUUGAUAUGUCCUGUAAAUGACGGUGUAAAGAAAACAGUGUUGUGGUGUUUGUCACCUACACACUGUUAAAAAUGUCAGCACCCCCAGCUGAAAACACCUUCCUGUGUCCCAGACAGCUGUGUCUGUCUGUAUAUUAGGUUAUAUAAUAUAUUUUUUUAUAAAUCAUAAGGUUUUAUAAGUGUUUAUCUUCUGUCACUUCAUGUUGUUUCUAUUUAUUGUACAUGUCUGUGAAGUUGAAGGAAACAUCUGAGAGGCUGAACCAAGUGCCUCAGGCCUGUUUCACACAGGUCUGUUCCAGCAGGAGAAACAGUUUAAUGUGAUGGAGCGUUUGAACUUCCUCUGUUUAUCAGGAGUAUAUGCAGAAAAUAUAUAUAUAUAAUUUUUUUUUAAUAUAAUAAAAUUUGUUUGUUUAUAUUCAUAUUGUUUUCUGUAGUUGGUUGAUUAGACUGCUUCAUGUAGGCCGUGUGAAUACUCUGUUUCUGUUGGAACUACAGAAGAACUGAACAGGUUUAUGUGUGAAACAGGCCUCACAAACUGUUCCAUCCUCACUGCACUAAAACCCCAGAUGUUUAGAAGGUACAGUGGUUUUCUACUUUUAUAUAA